GUCUCUGUCUCUUUCAGCUCUGCAUCAUCCCAGGACGUCCUCUGCUUUGUCCCAGCGCAGAGUGAUGGGGGACGGCUCCCUGCGAAGCCUGGAUGGACGGAUCACAGAGGGAUGAUGGAGGGAUGCAGCGUCUCUCACGUCUUACUAUAGAAGUUUUUGGUGAACAGGAACCUCACAUACUUGACCCCUGACCCCCGAGUGCUCCGAGGAAGGAUGGAGAUGGGAGAGGAGGGGGACAGUGACCCUCUCACCCUGAGAAGAGACGUGUCUAGAAACACCUGCAGACAAAGUGGCUUCAUCAACACCCACAAUGUGGAGGCGGAGCUUCCCGAAGCACUGCUGCCAUUUUACUCAGCUCCGCAGUACCAGAUCCACAUGGUGGCGUAUGCCCCUCCUCAGCAGGAGCACCACCCCAGGAUGAGCGGUGGAGCAGGCCAGGCUCCUCCUCAGCUCCUCAGCACCCGAGCCCUCUUCCCCCAGCAGGCAGACCCUCACCUGAGAGUCUCCCCCGGCCUCAUCCUGUGCUCAGAGAACAUCCGGCACAUGUGGGGGGAGUCCGGGCCCGCUGACUGCUGUGAGACCACUUUCAUCAAGGGCUUCACUGCAAACCCCACCUCCUCGCUAUCUGUCACCACCAGGGAUGCACCACUCUUUACAGACAGGAAGUUUCUGGGCCUUGCUGGAGAAGAUGUGAGGAUCUAUACACUGUCCAGUGAUAUCAACGGCGGGGACAACUUCCAGGAGCUCGAGAGUAAUUACUCCAGCAACUCAGAGAGUGAGGACAUGUUCCUGCUGAUGCCUCCCAAUCAUCACCUGGGCCUCAGCGUUUUCUCCAUGCUCUGCUGCUUCUGGCCACUCGGCAUCGCUGCCUUCUACCUGUCACAUGAGACCAACAAGGCGGCAUCUAAAGGAGACUUCCAUCAGGCAAGCUCCACCUCCAGACGGGCUCUGUUCCUGGCGGUGCUGUCAAUCACAAUCGGGACAGGUAUCUAUGUGGGCAUGGCCGUGGCACUCAUCGCUUACCUGUCCAAAAGUCACCGCUGGUAGAUGUGUCUUCAGGAAAUUACC